AUGCCACUGAGUGACCUAGCUCUGAAGGUCUGUUCAGGACUAGUCAACUUACCGCCCCUCGCAGAAGCUUUGCAGAAGAAUUACGAUGUUGUGCUGAUUGAGAAUUUUAACAGCGACUGUGCUUUAGGACUUCUUCAUGUGUAUGGUGUGAAUGCGCCUAUCAUAUCUCUGGUGUCUGGUCCUUUGUUGCAAUGGUCAUAUGGGCGUAUCGGGCUGCCUGAUAACCCGGCCUAUGUGCCGACAAUAACGUCUAAAACUAGCUCGAUAACGACAUUUCUGGAGAGACUGGAAAAUACUGCGUUGAAUUUGUACUUCAAGUUGUGGUUCAGAUAUGCAAUCCAAGUGAAGGAAAGAGCGAUCAUAGAACGGAGAUUUUGGACUAAGAUACCAGAUUUGGACAUUCUGGCUAAAAAUGUGAGCAUGAUGUUGGUGAACACGUUCCAUAGUUUAAAUGGUGUUCGUCCUUUGUUGCCUGGUCUUGUGGAAGUGGGAGGGAUGCACAUACAACGUAAACAAGAAGAAUACAAGCACACAAGCCCAGUUAUUCCCCAGAUUACCCAGAUCAUAAGUACAUACUACUACUGCUAUCCGCUUUUUAGAGAAAGAAAAUUAACAUAA